GAAGAAGACUGUCAAAAUGUCAAGCGAUGACGUAGAGAACAUGGACUUUGUGAGUAGCUGUUUAUCAGCAAGUCUGCAACCUAAUGCUGGACAUUGUUCAUUGCCGUAAUUUUCUUUUUUAUUCAAAUAACCUGUUUUCAUUCUUGGUAUAGUGGGAAAUUAAAAUUCUGCAACCCUCAGCAUCUCCUGAUACGUUUGCUAAGUUGGCCUCAAAAUGAAGAUGAAGCUCAAGUCACUCUCUCUGUCAAGUGGUUAGAGGGUUGUCGACCGCAGAAAUAUAAGAUGACACUACAGCGAGUUCUUCAGACUUGGGGCAACAACUUUUCUGCAGACUGCGUAGUUGUAGAUGUGUCAGAAGAUGGGACAGCUGUGAUUACGAUAAAACCUGCUUCAGCUUUGAGCGGGCUUCAGAAACUGGUUGGACAAACACUGUUCAACAAAGAAGGGACACCAACAGUCACAGUAAAGUCUGUUAGCCUGGGAACACCAGAGCUGGAGACACAAAUACCUGAUGAUGCUUCAAUUGACCUUCCCCCGUCAUUUGUGUCAGAACCACAAAAUGUGGAGGGACACCUGAAGGAACAAAGUAGUGCAGCAGGACAGGAAACAAAUACUUGUGAUAUUCCUAUGCACCAUUUCUCGUAUGUGACCCAGAACUACAAGGAGGAAAUUAAACGUAUUGAGAAAGUGAAUGGAGUUAAACUCGUGGCAGAGGUGAAGCUGACGUUUGAAGCUGACCAGAAAGAUGGACGUCCAAACUACGCUUUCUCUGAGUUCAUAAAUCUUGUUCAGAAGUGCUCUGGUGAAUCCAGGGGCUUCACUGUUCCUCUUAAGAACAUGAAUCCAAAACAGUGGAGUGACGCACUGAAAAUAAUCCAGAGACCUGAGAACAAACUUCUGCUAACUCUGUCCUCUGAAGAAAUGACUGUAUGUGGGCCAAGACAAAGUCAAGACGCUGUCAGAAAGUCGAUAAGUACAACACAGAGAACCUUAACAAAUACAGACACUUCUACUACAGUCUACACAGGUGUUGCAUGACACACCACUGAGGACUGGCAUG